AUGGGACAAGUUAACAUGCGACCGUCUCUGGCUUCACAACCUGCACACUAUCAAUUACCAAGCAUAGCACCAAAUAUACACCCGCAUCAGUACACCACUAGUCAACCACCACAUCAGCAACAUUACCAUGUUGUGCACACCCCAAUCUCUCGGAUCUCUUCGGAAAAUGGUCAACAGCAGCACAUGAUGCCUCCAUCGAUGAACCCCACAGCAUACCAAGGUCCCGAACAGGUUAUCAUCGACCAUGGCAUACCCACUUUCCAAUAUGCGCACCAGCCACAACAUGUACUACGCAGUAGUAUAAUGACGGGAGCCAAUAUGAGUCCCGGGCAACCCCAGCCUCAAACGAUUGUGAUGGGCCCUCAGCCUAUCCAGCAUGCAAUUGACGGACAUUUAGCAAGCCAAACAAUCGCGACGCCUAUGGGAACUACACUUCUGACGUCGUCGGCCCAAUUACAAGGCCAGAAAACCAAGAAGAACACGAAGAGGGCAAUGCAAAAUAGGAAAGCGCAAAAGGCAUUUCGACAGCGGAAAGAGCAAUAUAUCAAGCUACUAGAGAAUGAAGCAAAACUUAUAGAUGAUGUUAUGAAGAAGAACCAGGACCUCACUUCCGAAAACGAGCAACUGAGAGACUGCCUGAAUCGCUUGAUAGAAAAACUGAAGGACAACGGCAUCGAAGUCGACAUCCCCUCCGAUUUCCUAGAUAAGAUUAACGCUUCAAUCAGUGCCAGCAGGCGAUUACAAGAGCAACACGAAGAGAUUUCAAAAUCAAUUGCUGGCGAGAAGUCCUAG